AUAUAUAUAUAUAUAUAUAUAUCUAUUCUAUUGAAAUACUUGAAGUAUAACCAUUGGUUACAACAUUAGUGAUAUUUAGUCAAAUAAACCCACUAAUUAUUUUGAUUCUUUCUUGUAUUAGUAACAAUAAUAUACUCAGUCACUACAUUAAUAUAUAAAUACUCACAUUUGAAAUAUAUAUAUAUCUUACUUACAUUUCAGUCUGUACUUAUCAGAGACAGUACAGUUAUCAUAGUAAACUUUAACCAUUAUUACAUUAUGUCACGUAAAUCAAUUAAAAAGAGUACAUUAAGUAGUUCUGUACCAUCAUUAAUUGGAAAAGAUUAUGAUUUACAUGAACCAAUUUAUUUUAAAUGUCGUGGAAAAUUAUUUUUACAAAAAACAUUAAAACCUAAUGAAGAAUUUGAUAAAGAAAUAAUGAAAAAAUUAGUUAAUAUUAAGAAAAUAGUACAACCACAAGAACGUAUAAUUUAUCUUACAGAGAAUGGUUUAAGAAUUAAAGCAUAUAAAAAUUCAUCUAAUUUUUAUACACGUAUAUUUUUAAAAUAUGAUCAAAUUGAAACAAUUUACAUAUCCGAAGGAAAAAAAUCUAUACUUGUUUUGGGUAUUAAUAGUAAAGAUAAAAAAAUACGGGCUUAUGAAUGUACAAGAUUUAAAGAUAGAGAUGAAUUCAAGGAGCUAUGUAAUUUACUUGUUCAAGCAUGUGAAAAUAAUGAAAGAAAAUUAAUUCAUCUUAAUCGAAUUGGUACAUUAUCAAUGUCAUCAUUAUAUGAUAGUAUGAAAUCUAAUCGUGGAUCACUUGGUUCAAUUGUUUGGACAUUAUCAGGUGAAAGUGAUAAUGAAUUUCAAAAACAACUAGAAGAUCAUAAAUAUCAAAAUGAUUUAAAAGAAAAUGAAAAUGAUGUUCGUAAAGUUAUAACACAAUAUUCUAAACAAAGUUCAGUAACUAGUAUUAUUUCAUCAAAUCUGAGAAAUGAAAAGGGAACUGUUAACAGUAUGAAUAGUGAAAUUGAGAUAAGUGACUCAGAAGACAGUGAUUCAGUGCACCUUUAUAAUGGAGUAAACAGUGGUUUUAAGGAGGUAACCUAUGAAGAUGAUGAUCAUUAUUAUGCUUCAGAGAUUUACAAAGAGGACGAUUUUAAGGAACCUAUACUUACGCCAAUAUUUCAUGCAGAUGAUGAAACAGCAAAACUAUAUUACAGAACAAGUUAUGAUAGUCAUUCGCUUGAGGAAAAUUAUGAAAAGACAGAUUUGUAUCCACCAUCUGAGUGGCCAGCUGGGGUUACCUUUAUUUGUCCAGAUGCAAAAUCUGGUGCAACUAUCACACAUCUUGGACCCGUUUAUUUAUACUCUGAAAGAUUUGUCGAUGUUAACAGCGAUUGUAUUGAGAAACAGACAGCAACCUAACACUAUAAUUUGAUGAAACAUAAAACGAUUACUUAAUUAUUCGUGUUGUGUUUUGAAAUAUAGCUUUUAAAUUUGGA